UGUUGUGUGCGUUUGUUAACGAGUGUGUCCUUGUCAGAAGAGACAGAUACAAAGACAAUAACAAUGACAAAUCCAUCGGUUCAAGUCAAUGGGGCGAAGCUCUCAGCAUGCUUGACAUGUCUUUUGUGUAAUAAGUUGUUCAGAAACGCCACCACUAUAUCUGAAUGCUUGCAUACUUUUUGCAGGGAAUGUAUAGAUAAGAAGUUGAUAGAUGAGCAAUUAACCCACUGUCCAGUUUGCAAUGUAGACUUGGGUUGUACUCCACUCGAGAAAUUAAGGCCAGAUCGCAUUCUGCAACAUUUGAGAGAGAAAAUUAGAUCCCGUACAGGACAAAAUACUAAGGCACCUAACAAUAUUCCUCUGGGCAAAUUGAUAGUCAAAAAAAGAAAGAAGAAAUCUCUAUCUUCGUUAAAAGCAAAUGAAGAAAUAGCCGAAGCUGCUCCAAAAAAAGAUUUCAUUGCCAAAGGAUCAAAGCUUUCAACUCCUAAACCUGAUAAAGUGAAAGAUGUUAAGGAAGAUGAAACCAACGAUGGGGUAGAACUUUUGGAAGAAGUUUCUACAAUUGGAUCUGCAAGAAGAGCAAAAGCUGCAGCAAGAAUAAAAUUUAUUCGAACUGCACCACCUCCUUCUAGUCAUCAACUUGACAAAGUAACAAGAGAAGAAAAGAAAGAUGAUAAUCAACCCCGGGUCGAAUCUUCUAAUGGAUCUCUCAAAAUUAAAAUUCAGACUUCUACAAAACCAAAUUCAAGUCAAAAGUUAGUCACCAACAAGAUUUCAAGGAACAAUGCUGAGUUGAGGAAUGAAAAGACUGAUGAUAUGGCGGAGACAUUAAAUAGCCUGGUGGAAAGUGCAAGCAAACGCAAGUCUCGUAAUAAGUCCACCAUGCAGGAAAAUGGUGUCACUCCAGCACCUGUGCACUCUAAUGACAAUGACCCUCAGGUGCAUAAGGUUGAUGUCAACAAACAUUGUCACAGAACAAACACUGCUGGUGAUGAAAAUGAGUCAACUCCUUCAGAAUCAGAUUCAGUCAAACGUCAAAGGACUAUAAGCACCCAAGAAAAAACACUCAAGAUCUCCGAGGACUUGAAUUUUCCAGCACAACCUGAGAUUGGUACUACAAACAAUGAAAGCAACAAAGCAUUUGGUCCAAUCUGGUUCUGUUUGGUUGCUGCUGAAGAAAAGAAAGCAAGUGCACGAUUGCCACAAAUAUCUUCCUGCUACCUAAGGAUCAAGGAUGGUAGUGUACCUGUUUCCUAUAUUAAAAAGUAUCUGGUGAAGAAGCUUGGUCUUGCAAACGAAUCUGAGGUGGAGAUCACAUUACUUGGUCAGCCAGUCUCAUCUUCAUUGCAACUGAAAAACUUAGUAGAGAUGUGGUUGCAAACAGUGCCAACGAAUGAGAUUCAAACAUCUGUUGGAAGCUCAGCCAAGGAUUUUAUUAUGAUCCUUUCAUAUAGUCGGAAGGCUUGACACCUCAAAAACUAUAAACUACCCUGCUAUGCUUUCUUAAAGGAUUUUUAUUAAUUUUGUUUAUUAGAAGCCCCAAUCUUUCUUGAUUGAGAGCUAUGUGCGGUAUAUACAUUAUACCCUUCAUUUACAAUAGAUUUUAUUGUUUAUUC